UCUCUCGCAACACACUAUCACUACGUACGCACUCCAUGCAUGUUGAUUACCCGGACAACAUACCUUACACAUAGAUCACUCAUCACCAACCAUCACGACAAGAACAAAAAAGACAACGCUAAGGCUAUCAAGCGUCAUCAUCAGUAAGGAAGAUGAUAGGGUGGGACGACGUGUACAAGGUGGUGGUGUCGAUGUUCCCGCUGUACGUGGCGCUCAUGCUCGGCUACGGCUCCGUCAAGUGGUGGCGCCUCUUCACCCACGAGCAGUGCGACGGCAUCAACCGCUUCAUCGCCCUCUUCAUCCUCCCGCUCUUCGGCUUCGAAUUCACCGCCCACAUGAACCCGUACGCCAUGAACUUCCGCCUCCUCACCGCCGAUGCCCUGUCCAAGCUCGCCACCCUCACGAUCCUCGCCCUUUGGGGGAGGUUCAGCAGCCGGGCGAGCUACAACUGGUGCAUCACGACGUUCUCGCUGUGCACGCUGACGAAUCUGCUAGUGGUCGGCGUGCCGGUGAUGCGGGCCAUGUACGGCCAGUGGGGCGUCGACUUGGUGGUCCAGCUGUGCAUGAUACAGUCCCUAGUUUGGAUGCCUCUGCUUCUUCUAUUUCUUGAGUUCAGAAAGACGAGGAUGAUGGAUUUGGCCACUUCUCCUCCUCCUCCUCCUGCUGCUGAAAAUAAUGGUGUGAUUGAUGAAGAGAGGGCUAUAGAGAUGAGUGUCGUGAAUACAAGUGAUGGUGGUGAUGAUGAUCAUGAGAAGAGGAGCUAUUGGUCAUUCACAAGAGUGGUGUGGAUGAAGAUGGCCAUGAACCCUAACGUGUAUGCCAAUGCUCUCGGUCUUGCUUGGGCUCUCAUGGCUAGCAGGUUCAAAUUUGCCAUGCCGAGCAUCAUGGAAGGUUCGGUUGAGAUCAUGUCGAAAGCAGGGACGGGCAUGGCCAUGUUCAACAUCGGGAUAUUCAUAGCAAUGCAAACGAAGGUGAUAGCUUGUGGAACGUGGCCCACGGUUCUAGGAAUGGUGUCGAGGUUCGUGGUGGGGCCUUCCGUCAUGGCCCUUUGCUCUCUUGCCGUGGGCUUGGAUGGGCCUGCUUUGCGUAUUGGCAUAAUUCAGGCAGCACUUCCACAGGCUAUUGCUUCUUUCGUGUUCGCCAAGGAGUAUGGAUUGCAUGCGAAUGUUCUUAGCACUGCGGUGGUGUUCGGCACACUAAUUUCCCUUCCGCUGUUGAUCGGCUAUUACAUUGGCUUGGAAUAUACAUCUUAAGAGGGGAGAUUGUUAAUUAAUCACUAUAUAAAGACAUUAUCCGCCGGUGAAAUUGAUUAUAUUCACCUCGUUAUUCCAUUAAUGGUUUAAAUUUGUGAGUGCUCUAGAGUAAUGGAGAAACUGAAGAUGAAUUGAAAAAUCUAAACGAGAAAUUACCAUC